AUGGCCGACCAGUUGCUCUACAGGCUGACGGGCUUCAUUCAGAAGGCAAAGUCGUACAUGCCCGGAGCAUGCGGGGAUGAAGAUCCUGGUGAACAGACGCAUUUCGCAAAGCACGGUCACUCGAGGGCGGACACGGAACUUUCCAACUUUCAGCCCCUGGACGAGACCGGCGAAAGCGGCUUCGCCGAGACAGAGCUGACUGAGGGCACCGGGAUGAACGGACUGGGACCCCGGAGGAGCGUGGACUGUGUCGACGAGUUCGGCGGCAAAGAAGGGGAGAAGAUCUCGGAGUGGCAAGCAGGCUGGAACGUCACAAACGCCAUACAGGGGAUGUUCAUCGUGAGCCUGCCUUUCUCGGUCCUGCACGGCGGAUACUGGGGCGUCGUGGCGCUCGUCUUCGUAGCCUAUAUGUGCUGUCACACGGGCAAAAUCCUGGUGGCCUGCCUCUACGAACCCAACGAACGCGGAGAACUGGUGCGGGUCAGGGACAGCUACGUGGCCGUGGCACAGACUGUCCUCGGUCCCAGGUGGGGCGGCAAGGCCGUCAACAUCGCCCAGAUCAUCGAGCUCCUCAUGACCUGCAUUCUGUACGUCGUCCUCUGCGGCGACCUCAUGAUUGGCUCUUUUCCGGAGGGCGCCGUAGACCAGAGAUCUUGGAUCAUGCUGACCACUAUGGUCCUCCUACCGUGCGCCUUCCUCAGAAACCUAAAGUCCGUCUCCUUACUCAGCUUCUGGUGCACUGUCACCCAUCUCUGCAUAAACGCCAUCAUACUGGGUUACUGCCUGACGCGGGCGCCCGAAUGGGCCUGGGCUAAGGUACAGUUCCGCAUAAACAUCAACAAAUUCCCAGUAACCAUGGGAAUCGUUGUCUUUAGCUACACUUCGCAGAUUUUUCUGCCCACGCUCGAAGGCAAUCUGAGGGACAAGUCCAAGUUCCACUGCAUGCUCAACUGGAGCCACAUUGCCGCAGCGGUCUUCAAGGCACUUUUUGCCUACGUGUGCUUCUUGACGUGGGCCGAAGAGACCCAGGAAGUGAUCACCAACAAUCUGCCCACCAAGGGCUUCAAAGUGGUCGUAAAUUUGAUCCUCGUAGCUAAGGCGUUGUUCUCCUACCCACUCCCUUACUUCGCCGCCUCCGCCCUCAUUGAACACGCCUACUUCAGGGAACGACCUAAGACAUUGUUUCCGUCAUGCUACGCCAUCGACGGCGAGCUACGCAUUUGGGGCGUCGCGCUCCGCGUGGGAUUAGUUGUGUUCACGAUGCUGAUGGCGAUAUCCAUUCCCUACUUCGCCCUGCUCAUGGGCCUGAUUGGUAGUUUUACGGGCACCAUGUUGUCUUUCAUUUGGCCGUGCUACUUCCACAUGAAGCUCAAGUGGGAUACGAUGGAAUGGUACUCGAUCAGCUGGGAGGUGUUCAUCAUGUGCUUCGGUGGCUUUUCGGGUCUGGUGGGGAUCUACACGUCCUUCGCUGGCCUCGUGGAAGCCUACCAUCUUCCGCUGCCUCACGUACCGGUGAUUGAGUCCUAG